UAAUCAGAGAGGACUCGAACAUUUUGCAGGUUGGAGAUUGGAGAUCGUAAAGCGGAGGAAUUUCGGCAAGAUUACAGCAUUAAAAUUACAGAAAAUCGAAAAAAAAAAACGAAAUUUGAAGUUUGCAGAAAAACGAAAUCGAAGAGAUAGAGAGGACUCGAACAUUUUGCAGGUUGGAGAUCGGAGAUCGUAAAGCGGAGGAAUUUCGGCAACUCAUAUCUACUGUUAAUCGAAAAAAGGAUUGUUUAAAUGUCUAAAGGAAAUCGUAAGCGUACAUUUUGUGAUGUACUAGAGAAUGUGGUUGGUGAAGAAGAGGAUGGAUUUGUGUUGAGUAAUAAGGUAGUAGGCACACCGAGGGAGAAAACAAUAGAGUUGUACUCUGGAAUUUUUAAGGAUGAUAGGUUAACUUAUGGAGGACUUGUGAAAGCGAGAGGAGAGGUGAUGUUGGAACUUGCUACGGGCAGAAGGAGGCCUCAUAACAUGAGUUGUCAGAUUGAUUCAUUUGGGCGUAUUUGCCAAAAAUUUGAUGAUAGGAGAAGACGAUGGGUUUGUGAGAUGGGUUUUGGAGGUAUACUACAACUUGCAUUCAAUAUGCAAUUACCGCGGCAGUUGGCGUAUUGGUUGAUGACUCGUAUAGAUCCACUAAGAAAAAUGUUGAUAACUCCCGAUGGUGUGGAGUUUAGGUUAUCCAAGAAACAAGUCCGGUGGGUGUUAGGAAUACCAAUGGGUACAAGGAGUGUUCCUUCCACUAAAACCAUGAGUGUAGAGGAUCGGGAAAAGGUGCAAAGAAUUUUGUUGAAGUACGGGAAGGCAUGGGAGUCUAAUGGACAACGUGGUCGGGUGUACAUGUCGGUCGGGAUACCAUUGAGCUCAGAAAUGAUGGACCGCUUAGAGGGUCACUUUGAUGGUAGUGAGGAAGAGGAAUUUAAGACGUUUUUAAUAAUUGCUUUGGAGAUGGUAUUGUGUCCUACAAAGUCUGCCCGUCUUGCGGCUGAUUUGUUACCAGCAAUUGGAUGUGCAAUGGAGGCUAAUGAGUACGACUGGUGUGGUUUAGUCUUGUCGAAAUUCAUAGGGAGUGUUUCUAGUUUUGCUUGACGAUUCUAUGCUAAUGGGUUUGCAAGUGGAUGUGGAGGCUGUGCUAUUUUUGCUACCGUAUGUUUUCGUUUCAAGUUAUGUAUCUCUUUGUAUUCUCUAUUUAUUUAUUUACACCGCUUGCUGACAUACGAGACCAUAUUGUUUUAGAUAUUUUACUUGGAUCGUUUAAAUCGGGAUGCUGUUGAUUGGGAGAUUUUCCCAAUACUGAAAGUAUGGAGUAUGCAUGAGAUUCGGAUGGCAUCGAAGAUGGACAAAUCAAUUAAAGGGGACUUUGGGAGGUUAGGGGUAAGAGAAAUGUUUUUGUUUUUGGUUAUUUUUACUAUUGGUCAUUUGGUUGUUGUUUAUUUUUGGUUAUUUUUAGUAUUGGUCAUUUGGUUGUUGUUUAUUUUUGGUUAUUUUUACUAUGGGUUUUUGUUUAAAAUUAUUUAAAAAUCUUAAUCUCCGUAGGUGUUGGACAUAGCUUAUGGGGAACAACACCCGAGGGAUGCAAGGGAUAGUGUUGCCCCCCAAGAUGAAGUGUAUGUAAGUAUUCUUCAUUUUUUUUUAUUCAGCAAUAAAACAUUUUGCAGAUUGUUUUCUGAUAUUUUUUUGUGUAAUAUUUUACAGAUUGCAACAGCUGGGGUAAGUGUAACUUUCAAGAUUAGGCAUAGGAGGGGUCGAACUGUUGACUGUCAAAGAAAUGAGUAAUGGCGGAAGUGCCGGAAGUAAUGUCUUAUUUAGAGCAUUUUCCUAUUUAUUUGGAAGUACUUAAUAAAUGUAUUGAGAAAUUAUUUCAUUUACAUUAA